AUGAAAACUCCUCGCGGCGGCGGAGAGCACGGCCACCACCACGAGGCCCUGAAGUUUUCCAGUUUCUUCUUCAUGCCGGAGCGGCCACGUGAUUACCUCGUGCUUCUCACGCGCUUCUCCGUCCUCACCUGCCUCAUCGUCUCCGUCUCCCUGGUUCUUCGCGCCACUUUUUUAUCCUCAUCCGCUCAGGACUAUUCCUCCUACGGCGUCCGUUUCCCCGCGAAAGCCGUAGCCCUCCCGCCGACUGGAUCCGUCGGGCCGAUCAAUAUCUCCCACAUCCAGUUCUGCAUCGCCGGAGCAGCCGAGACCUGGUUCGAUCGGAGCCGGUACACCUCCUUGUGGUGGCGAAAGUCCACCCGUGGAUCCGUCUGGCUCGAUAGACCGGUGAGAAUCCCCAGAAAUCACUCCGAUAUCCGAUUCUCGAUCCCGAUUCGAGUUUCCGAUCCCGGCUGGACUAGUUUCAGAUUCUCCAGCUCGAGAGCCGCGGUUCGGAUCGCUCGGAUAAUCUGGGAUAGUUACCAGCUAAAUCUGCCGGACGUGCGGUGGUUCGUGAUGGGAGACGACGACACCGUCUUCUUCACGGAGAAUCUCGUCAAGGUGCUCUCCAAGUACGACCACGAGCAGAUGUGGUACAUCGGUGGAAACUCCGAGAGCAUCGAGCAGGACGUGAUGCACGCCUACGACAUGGCGUUCGGCGGCGGCGGUUUCGCCAUCAGCCGUCCACUGGCCGCGCGUUUGGCCGCCGCGAUGGACGGUUGUCUCCAACGGUAUUUCUAUUUCUACGGGUCGGAUCAGAGAAUCGCGGCUUGCGUUGGUGAGAUCGGCGUUCCGUUCACCGAGGAACGCGGUUUUCAUCAGCUUGACAUAAGAGGAGAUCCAUUUGGGUAUCUAGCGGCGCAUCCAUUGGCACCACUCGUAUCGUUGCAUCACUUAGUUUACUUAGACCCAAUGUUCCCUAACAAGAACCCUAUAGAGUCGUUGCAAACCCUAAUGAAACCUUAUAGCUUAGACCCGCAUAGAAUACUCCAACAGGUUAACUGCCAUGACCGGAAGCGUCAGUGGUCGAUAUCCAUCUCUUGGGGAUACUCCAUUCAGAUCUACACUUACUUCUUGAGUGCAACGGAGCUGACCACGCCGUUGCAGACCUUCAAAACUUGGCGGUCUUCGAGCGACGGGCCUUUCACGUUCAACACCAGGCCCUUGAAACCUGACCCUUGUGAGCGUCCGGUCACUUAUUUCAUGGAUGGUGCUGAGGAUGUGAGGGAUAGUGGGACGAGAACUUGGUAUAGCGUAAAGGAUAAGGAUUAUGGUCAUUGCGGGAACAGUGAGUAUGCUCGGAUAACUAAAGUGAAGAGGAUAUUGGUGACUUCAAUGAAGACUGAUCCUGAGUACUGGAACAAGGCACCGCGGAGACAGUGUUGCGAGGUGAUGGAAGGAACAGGAAGAAAAAAGGAGAAAGAGCUGUCGAUAAGGAUUAGGAAGUGCAGAACUUCGGAGAGAAUAUAG